GGAUCAUUCCGAUUUCUGUGAUGGGGUCUUUGCUUUGUACCCUGCCUCCCUGGCGUCGGGUCGGGGUUACGCUUCCGUAGGCGAGUCCGAGGUCCACUUUGUGAGUCGGAGAUGCGUCGACGAAGGCCAUAGCGAGUGGGAGCAUUUUUGGAGAUGUGAGGAAUAGGAAGAGAUUGGCGAUAUUGAGCAGCCUGUGCAUUGACACGACCUCUUGACCUCAUCUUCAGCAUGAAUGGUGAUAUGCCUCAUGUCCCCAUCACUACUCUUGCUGGAAUUGCUAGCCUGACAGACUUGUUGAACCAGCUGCCCUUGCCUUCUCCUCUCCCUGCCACUACUGCUAAGAGUCUGCUCUACAAUGGAAGGAUCUCAGAAGAGGUCAGCAGCAUCCUGGUGUGUCGGGACGAAAAUCUGGUGACUCAGCUGGCACAUAGCCUUAACCAGGUCUCCACUGAACACAUAGAGUUGAAGGACAACUUGGGGAACGAUGAACCCGAGGGUGACAUGCCGAUACUGCUGCAAACCUUGCUGUCCAGAAACCCCAAAAUCUUUGGGGACAAAAGUGUAAUGCAGCAGCCAUUGAUGCAACAGUAUAAGAUUUCCCAGAAUCAAAUUCAUGGGAGUCCAGGAUCGAAUUAUCAGCAGACCACUGUCCCUCAAAGCCCCUCUGGAUGUUUCACAUCCCCACAGUCCGGGUCAGCCAACCGAUUUGUACCCCAGCAGAACAGCCCUAUACCCAGUCCCUAUACUCCUCAGAGUCCCGCAGACUACAUGCAAUACAAUCCACCUAGUUAUUCCCAACACCAACAGACUCAGCAAGUUGCUGGUGGUGUAAGAAAUAGCCACGACAACAAGGUCUCUGGACAGCUAUCAAGUAAUUCAUCCAAUCAUAAUGCAAGACCGGGCUCCGAUGAAGAAUACGCGAAUAUAGCUCACAGGCUGGAGAAUGACCCCUCUGUGAGGGCUGCUGCAUUUCCAGUGAAAUCUCCACAGUCUGUGUGUUCUCCUGCUGGGAGUGAAGAGAUUGCCAAAACAGGGUCCAGGCCUCCUCUUAUCAGGCAUUCUCCUCCACCUGACGUGCCACCACGUGCAGCACCUGACCUGCCCCUCACCUCUGCUGACCGCAAGAAGAAGCCGAGAGAAAGGAGUAAAGAGGAAAAUGAGGAGAUGGACCGAAAUGCCUUGUAUGACAUUGUUGGUUCCCCAUCAAAGGACUCUGCUAAGCUGACUUUGAAACUGACCAGAGUGAAGAUUCCAGAUGGUGAUGAAUCUGAAGAACUUUCUCCCAGGGCGCACAUGGACUUAGACCAUGACACUGAUUUGAUGAAUAAUAAUCAGUUGUCAAGGGAUGCCCAGGACUUUUCACACAGAUUUGGGGCUGAGGAGCAGGUGAUCUGUCAGCAGGUUCCUGCUCGGCAAAAUACCAAGGAGACUGGAGUCGUCAGUGGGGUUGUGUGUGAUGAUGCUGAGAUGGACGCACUUGCAGAGAUUGAGAGAAUAGAAAGCGAGACGGUCAGUGAGAGAGAACGAAGUUCUAAAGAAGUCCAAGAUAAAGACAAGCCACUGAAGAAACGGAAGCAAGACUCGUAUCCUCAGGAAUGUGGAGCUGAGGCAAGUGACAGGCCUGCUGUACAAGGGGGCAACAAGGUGACGCCCAAGAAGACAAGCCCUGGAAGUAACUGUCGGCCUGCUUUGAUGGUCAGUAUUGACCUGCAGCAAGCUGGCAGAGUAAUAGGACAACCUGUAGUGGUACUGGAAUCAAAGAAUUAUUGUGAGGACCACGUCCAACGCCUAAAGGCAAAGGCUGAUGCAAAGAUAGAUAAAGUUGUUGAAAGCAAACCUGGGAUCAACAAGCAGCAUGCCGACUAUCCCAGAAAGUCUGGCUCAGGUGCCAACCAGCAACCAGAAACCCCCAAACACAAGCAGGAAAGCCAGCGGGAAUCCAAACACAGACAUGAUGGCAAGAUGGACAGUGGCCAAGGACGCUCAGAUAAAAGACGGCCAGACACAACACGGCAAAAACAUGACCGGCAUUUAGACUCGCGCAACAAAGAGGAAAAGAACCACACUAGUCACCGACCCCAUGUCAGCCAACCCGAGACUCCAAAAACCAUUAGCAGGACAGAGCGUAACUCCAAACACGGAGAAGAGAAAACCAGGGAUAGAGAAAAGGAUAAAGACAGAAAUAGAGAAAGAGAUAAAGAAAAAGAUAAAGAUAGAGAAAAAGAUAAAGAAAAAGAUAAAGACAAAGAUAAAGAUAAAGAUAAAGAUAGAGAUAGAGACAGGGACAGGGACAGGGAAAGAGACAGGGACAGGAAACACAAGACACUGUCAACGGAAAACUGCAAAAGACCCUCUCCGGAUCUUCAUACUAAAUCCGACAUCCCGAGAGUGAAGCAAGACGGGAGCAGAAAAUUCACUGACUUUAAUGGUCGUCAGAGGACAGACGGUUCCACCCUUCAAAAUCCCCAACAUAAAAAAGACAAGAAAGGUGGGGAUGGCAGUGUUAAAUGCCAAGCUGGAAACAAACAGCAGUCAUCUGAGACAAAACCUAGUGAGUUCCCCUCGUACCUGCUUGGUGGCAAGACGGGGAGUCUGAAGAACUUUGUGAUUCCCAAAUUGAGACGAGAUGGAAAAGACAAAGAGCCAGUACUAUCAGGCAAAUUGAUAGAGAGCUGGAGUGAACCCCUGGUCAGGUUGGAGAGAGUGUCUUUGACAAAGAACUUAAAUAAAGGAGCCAAGCCUGUUGUUGUGCUUCAGAAACUCAGUGCUGAUGAGGUAAAAAAGAUCAUGAAGGCAAGCAGGAAUGCACACAGCUCCAGAUCCGGGAACUGGUCUUCCGAUAAACCAGGGAGAGAGAUGCCAUUUUGCGAGAAGACAAACAAGCGGAGUCACUCUAUGAUCAGUAAGAAAUCCAAGUACGCCGAGGUGGACUCAGAUGACGAUAAGGAUGACAACGGUGAUGAUGACGACAACGAUGAUGACUCUGAUAAUAAGUCUGCAAAGAAAAGGUACAAGAAAAGCCAAGACAAGACAUGGAAGCACGAGGAGAAGAAAGGUUCAGGAGAGCACCGUCGAAGCGGUGGCGUCCAUAAUGCUCGCCGGGGCUCUGGGAGUCGUCCCCGUGAGUGGAGCCCUGAUGAGUCGGACGAAGACUGUCCACCACCGAGCCUAAGUGAUGUUGCCAGGAAAUUGAAGAAAAAGGAGAAACAGAAAAACAGGAAGGCGUACGAUCCCAAGAUGACAACAGAAGAGAAGAUGGAUUCCUCCACAUUUAAGAGAUUCGCAGCCAGUAUGGAUAACAUUCUUGAGAGCCUUGAUGACGUUGACCUCACUGCCGCAGAUGAUGAUGAGAUACCUGAGGAACUCUUGCUUGGAAAGCACCAGCUGAGCGAGCUGGGCAGCGAUUCUGCUAAGAUUAAAGCUAUGGGCAUCUUUAACAAGUUUUCAUCUAGUAAACUGGGGAAAAUUCUGAAUAUCCUCGAGAAGAACAUUCAAGACAGCGUCAAACUUUCCACAUUAUUGAAUCAUGAUAAUGAUUCCAUGGAUGAGGAGCGGUUGUGGCGUGACCUCAUCAUGGAGCGGGUGACCAAGUCUGCUGAUGCCUGUCUGACUGCACUCAACAUCAUGACAUCGCCACACAUGCCUAAGACUGUGUACAUCGAGGAUGUGAUUGAGAGGGUGUUGCAGUACACCAAGUUCCAUCUGCAAAACUCUGUUUACCCACAGUACGACCCGGCCUACAGAGUGGAUCCCCAUGGAGGUGGUGCGCACACUUCCAAGUCCAAGAGAGCAAAGAGUUCCAGCCACAAACAGAAGGUGGUAGUCACGCUCUACAGCAAAGUGUGUGACAUCGUCAGCAGCAUCUCCGAGCUCCUGGAGAUUCAGCUGCUAACUGACACCACAAUUCUCCAGGUGUCCUACCUGGGUAUUACACCAUUUUUUGUGGAGAAUGUCAAUGAACUGCAGUUAUGUGGCAUCACACUGGUGACAGCUGUUUUCUCUCGUUAUGAGAAGCACAGGCAGCUCAUCCUCGAAGAGAUCUUCACCUCCCUUGCUAGACUGCCUACUAAUAAGCGCAGCCUCAGGAACUUCAGGCUAAACAGCAGCGAUUCGGAUGGGGGGUCCCCGUUUAUCCAGAUGGUCACUGCCCUGGUUCUUCAGCUCAUCCAAUGUGUGGUACACCUUCCCUCUGACAGAGAAGCAGAGGAUGAACCUCCCAAGAAGGUGGAUAAAGAUGUCUUCAUCACAAACUCGUACGAAACUGCCAUGAGGACAGCUCAGAACUUCCUAUCAGUGUUUCUCAAGAAGUGUGGCAGUAAGCAGGGAGAGGAGGACUACAGGCCUCUGUUUGAGAACUUUGUUCAUGACCUCCUUUCUACAAUCAACAAGCCUGAGUGGCCUGCAGCUGAACUGCUGCUCAGUUUACUGGGUCGGCUGUUGGUGCAUCAGUUCAGCAACAAGCAGACAGAAAUGGCGCUCAGGGUGGCGUCUCUGGACUACCUAGGCACCGUCGCUUCUCGUCUGCGUAAAGAUGCAGUCACCAGCAAGAUGGACCAAAAGGCCAUUGACCGCAUCCUCAAAGAGAACCCAGGCAGUGAUGAGACCCAGCAACUUCAGAGGGAGUUGCUCGAUUACCUAGAUGAGAACAGUGAAACAGAGCCAUCUCUUGUGUUUGCCAGGAAAUUCUACAUCGCCCAGUGGUUCAGGGAUGCAGCAAGUGAGGCAGAGAAAGCAAUGAAGUCUCAAAAUGAGAACAACGAGAACUCGAAUGGUCAUUUCGAGGAUGUUGACUCAACUGGGGAGAUUAUGCAGAGAACCGAGGCGCGAAAGAAAUUCCUCCGCAAGGUCUUGAGGAAAUCACAUUCCAGUUCUCUGAGGACAAACACAGUCGACUAUGAGGACUCCUGUCUCAUUGUCAGAUAUCUGGCCUCUAUGAGGCCUUUUUCCCAGAGCUUUGAUAUUUAUUUAUCACAGAUUCUGAGAGUACUGGGCGAGAGUGCUAUUGCCGUCAGAACUAAAGCCAUGAAGUGUCUGUCUGAAGUAGUGGCUGUAGAUCCAAGUAUUCUGGCAAGGUUGGAUAUGCAGCGUGGGGUUCAUUGUCGCCUCAUGGACAACUCCACCAGUGUGCGAGAGGCAGCUGUGGAGCUACUGGGACGUUUUGUGCUAAGUCGACCUCAGCUAAUUGAGCAGUACUAUGACAUGCUCAUUGAGAGGAUAUUGGAUACCGGUAUCAGUGUAAGGAAGAGAGUCAUUAAGAUCCUGAGGGAUAUUUGCCUGGAGCAACCAGACUUCCACAAGAUCACGGAGAUGUGCGUCAAGAUGAUCCGAAGAGUCAAUGAUGAGGAGGGGAUCAAGAAAUUGGUGAAUGAGACUUUCCAGAAACUCUGGUUCACCCCCACACCCAACCACGACAAAGAUGCCAUGACCAGGAAGAUCCUGAACAUCACAGAUGUGGUGUCCGCAUGUAAAGAUUCAGGCUAUGACUGGUUUGAGCAACUUCUUCAAAAUCUGCUGAAGUCAGAACAGGACGCUUCUUACAAACCUGCCAGGAAGGCCUGUGUCCAGUUGGUUGACACUCUUGUGGAACACAUUCUCAAAUACGAAGAGGCUCUAGCAGACUGUGAGGACAAAGGGGUCAACUCUGGUCGUCUCGUCGCGUGCAUCACCACUCUCUACCUGUUCAGCAAGAUCAAAGCACAGUUAAUGGUCAAACAUGCCAUGACUAUGCAGCCCUACCUGACCACUAAGUGCAAUACUCAGAAUGACUUCAUGGUGAUUUGUAACGUGGCCAAGAUCUUGGAGCUGGUCGUACCACUGAUGGAGCAACCGAGCGAGACUUUCCUCAACACCAUAGAAGAGGACCUGAUGAAGCUCAUCAUCAAAUAUGGCAUGACGGUUGUGCAACAUUGCGUGAGCUGUCUUGGUGCCGUUGUCAACAAGGUCACACACAAUUACAAGUUUGUUUGGGCUUGUUUCAACCGUUACUAUGGAGCUCUGGCGAAACUGAAGACGCAGCACCAAGAGGACCCCAGCAGCUCCACACUGGCUACCAACAAACCUACUCUCCUGCGCUCACUGUUCACUGUGGGGGCUCUCUGCAGGCACUUUGAUUUUGACCAGGAGGAUUUCAAGGGCACCAGCAAGAUUGUCAUCAAGGACAAAGUUUUGGAGCUGCUGCUUUACUUCACCACGCAUGAAGAUGAAGAGGUCCAAAUCAAGGCCAUCAUAGGUCUAGGCUUCCAGUUCAUCAUGCACCCAGAGCUCAUGUUUGUGCAGGAUGUGAAGAUUCUGUACAACAGUAUCCUCUCAGAUGAGGCCAUUCUGGUCAGUCUAAAGGUACAGGUGAUAAAAAACCUGCAGACAUACCUGCAGGAGGAGGACUCUCGAAUGCAGGAGGCCGAUCGUGAAUGGAAGAAGCAAGCAAAGGAGGAGGAUCUGAAGGAAAUGGGGGACAUCUCGUCGGGCAUGAGCAGCUCCAUAAUGCAGAUUUACCUGAAGCAGGUGCUGGAGUCCUUCUUCAACUCACAGUCCACUGUUCGGCACUUUGCCCUGAGCGUCAUUACACUGACUCUCAACCAGGGCCUCAUCCAUCCUGUACAGUGUGUGCCCUACUUGGUUGCCAUGGGAACGGACCCUGAGCCAACCAUGAAGAACAAAGCCGAUCAACAGCUGGUGGAGAUUGACAAGAAGUAUUCAGGAUUCAUCCAUAUGAAGGCAGUCGCGGGACUGAAGAUGUCCUACCAGGUGCAACAGGCCAUAAAUGGCCCGAAGAAAACAGCGAUCCGAGGUUUUCGUCACGAUGAUUCAGACUCUGCCCUCUGCGCACAUCUCUACACCUUGGUCCGUGGGAACCGACAACAUAGAAGGGCUUUCCUCAUUUCCCUGCUCAACCUGUUUGACGACAGCUCUAAAACCGAGGUGAACAUGCUUCUUUUCAUAGCAGACAACUUGGCUUGCUUCCCCUACCAGACCCAGGAGGAGCCUCUUUUCAUCAUGCACCAUGUAGAUAUUACUCUCUCUGUCUCUGGUAGCAACCUCCUCCAGUCUUUCAAGGAGUCUUUACGUAAAGAGCCUGUACGGCAGGAAAAGAAGAUGAAGAUGAAAAAGAAGAAGAAAAAGAAAAAGAAGAAGAAGCAGAGGAGGAAUAAAAAUAGCUCUGAUAAUGAUGAUGAGGAGGAUGAAGAGCAGAGCAGCAGCAGCAGCAGCAGCAGCAGCAGCAGCAGCUCUAGCAGCGAUGAGGAUGAUGAGGUGGUCCACAGGCGAAAGAAAUCAGGGCUUUGUGAUUCAGACUCUGACAUGGAGGGUGAGGAUGCAGUGAUGGACCGUCUACCUGAAAACCCCAUCCCUCUGCUGGACUUCGCCAGUGCUUCACAAGGUAUUCUCCUGCUGCUGGUGCUCAAACAACAUCUGAAGAAUCUGUACGGCUUCUCAGACAGCAAAAUCCAGAAGUAUUCUCCGACGGAGUCAGCGAAGGUGUACGACAAGAACGUGAACAGGAAAUCCAAGGUCCACUUCAACCCACGUCAGACACUGGACUACUUGAAGAGUGAUCUAGCCAACACGAAUCUCAGUUAUGAGACCAAGAGGAAUAUUGUGAAACAAUAUUUGGAUUUCAAGGUACUGAUGGAGCACUUGGAUCGCGACGAAGAGGAGGAAGAGGUCGAGGCCAGUGCCAAUGCCAGAAACAAAGCCAUUACUUCCCUGUUGAAAGGCUCAAAGCCCCAGAACCACAAUCACAAUAAUCACACUGCUCCAGUGGAGACGGAUGAUGAGGACAGUGAGGAUGAAGAUCCACCUGCACAGAAACCAAGGAAAGGCAAGGACUCCGCCGAGGAUUCGGGUCACAUGAACGAGACCGUGAAGUCCAUGGACGUCAUUGCCAUCUGCUGUCCCAAAUACAAAGACAGACCACAGAUUGCAAGGGUCAUCCAGAAGACCAAAAGUGGCUACAGUAUACACUGGAUGACCGGGUCUUACUCUGGGCCCUGGGCCGAGGCAAAGAAACGGGACGGUCGCAAAAAGGUGCCUUGUGUUGACACUAUCAAGGAGUCAGAGAUUAUUUAUAAGAAGAUCUCUUUGACGAGCGGACACAAGCUGACGAACAAAGUGGCACAGACGUUACGAGCGCUGUACGCUGCCAAGGAGGGGGCCAAGAGUUAAUCUUGUGAAAUUACUCAGACAGAAACCCCCUCACAGCCCAAAUCUUUGUGGAUCCAAUAUGUUACACACAGAAGGAAGACGAAACCUCUUUAGAUUUAAGGAGCUGAUGGAAGACAAGUAUUGUGAACACUGAUCUGUUGGAGCACAGACAUGUUUAAGUUAAUCACAAGAAGGAAAUGUUGGGAAAACAUUGUGUGGGAGUUCCUUCGCUGUUGUGCAGCAACUUGGCCGCUUGAUUUUUACUCCCACUGUAUCAUAGUUUAACUAAACACAUGUUUAUAUCUGAACAUACUUCUGUAAAAAAAAAAAAUACAGUGAAUGUUGGAAAUUAGUGUAUUGAUGAUGUUCUUAAUAAAGUGUUUUUGGAGUUUAAACUAGCACCAGAUGGAUUUAUUCACUUGACCUCCAACAACUUUUAACUGCUUUCUUUUGUCUUCUGUUUUAAACAUGUUAUUGUUUAUCCACACAGUGUACAUAUCUUUGAUAUGAUUUAUUUAUGUUAAAAGCAGUGCAGUAUCUGUGCCUAUAUGCGGGGGAAGUUGUAUUGUUUUUAAUAUAGAUUUUGAUGUUAUAGAACAAAGAGCGAAAAAAAAGUGAGCCCCUGCUCUUCCAGUGAAACAAAUACUGCAAUAAAAUUUUCUUAUGUCCUUG